AGCCCAGUGUCUCGCGUGAGAGCUUCGAAAGUGGUACGCCGCGUGUCCACCUAUAUCGAUUGGUAACAGAACUAACCGUGGAUAUUUGGUACUAAUCUCGCCCAUUCGCCAUCGAAGGGAGACCUAGAACAACAUCCCAAAUGUACCGGUUUGUUGUGUAAAAUUCGCUGCUACGCUGGUCGUUGCGUUCGCAUUGACAGCUAACCCAAAUAUUGGUGAAUUGUUACUGGUUGGCGCUGUUGAAACGAACGCCCAUCGUUGUUUUAUUUCCGUUGGUCGUUGCUAACGUGAUUUAGAGUUUCGAAUCAUUGUAAGAUCUGGAAGCAAUUGAGAGAUUGAGAAAAGCCGAUUUUAUACUUCUGUAACAGUGAGUGGUGGUUGGUAGGUCGGUGGUGGUAGUCGGAGGGGUCGGGAUAGGUCACGCCCGAGAAAGCUCUCUCUCUCCUCUCCCCUCACCCAAACGCCAGCCAACCCCUUCCCCUCUUUCCCCCCUAGCAAGACCCGUGUGGUGGCUGGUGGGCUGGAAGUGUGUCAUGUGUUACUAGGAGUGAUAUAUACCGUGAAAGGGGGAAUAAAACGCAGGAGAGACUAAGAACCGAAAGGCGGUGUAAAGGAACACCUCCACCAUGCUGGCCAGAGCCGACUGGAAAGCCAGGAUGUUGUGGGUUACGGUCGCUAUCGGCAUGAUGGCGCUGGUGUCGGCCGAAAAACCCACCAAAAGUAACCAGGAUAAACUACCUUUCGAAGCAGUUUUUCAAGGUCUCUGCGAAAACAACGCCAUCUGUGAGCACCUGUGUUUCAACCUCCACGACGGAACGUUCGAGUGUGAUUGCCAGAGAGGCUACACCCUCGAACCAGACGGCUACAGCUGUACCAAGUUGAAUUACAGUAAAUCCGACGCCUCGGUCUUGUACGAGAAAGAAGCCUCCUUCGUGGCCAUCUUGGACGACGACUACCAGUCUGAGGACUACCCGGGGGCCUACUCUGAGGGCAAGGCCGGCGACGAUGGCCCGCACGUCGCCAAACUCCGGCAGAAGCCGGUCGGGGGCGGCGACGCGUCCUAUGACUACAAUCAGCUCAUCGACAAGGCGGAUAUUCUCAACUACGACAGGUAUAAGAGACCGUACAAGACCAGGUUCUUCCCGGAGCAUACGAACAACAUCCUCGGCGGCGGAGAGGAAACGGGGCCCGAGACCUACCUGGAAUUGGACAGCAAGGACCUGCUCCAGCCGUACACGUCCCCCGGACCCAACCUGGAACAAAAAGUCCCGUCCGAGGUCCCCAACCUGGAAGCCACGGAGAGCCUGAAUCCUCUGUGCGAGAUGGAGUGUGGCGUCGGUCGGUGUCAUCUGGAUGGCCACGCUGGAGUCCCACGGUGCAUGUGCCCAUUAGGAAGGGCUGGACGCUACUGUCAUCCAGAUUGGUCUGUUUUCCCAGUGAUCAUGUCCGGAGGCCCCAUAGAGACGGCGAGAUUCCACGGGUCUUCCUGGGUGGCCUUCGCCCCUCUCAGAGAAGCCUACAGAGACGUCCAACUCACUAUCGAGUUCAAGCCGGAGGCUCCUGACGGGGUGCUGCUGGUCUCCGGAGAGAAUGACGAUCUCUCGGGCGAUUUCAUGGCUGCCGUCUUGAUCAACACAUACGUGGAAUUCAGAUGGGACUGCGGCUCUGGCGCAGGACUGGUGAAAUCUCCCGAAGGAGUGCACAUGGGGGAAUGGAACAGGCUCACUGUGUAUCGGCACCGGUGGGACGUCUGGUUACAGCUUAACGACGGACAUCACGUUCAGGGGCGCUCUGAGGGACUCUUCUCCCGAAUCACUUUCCAAGAACCGCUUUACGUCGGAGGAUCCAAUAACCUGACGUCCCUGGCUCCCCGCCUCGGUGUCACCACAGGAUUGCAGGGGUGUGUUCGACGGCUGCAGGUCAACGACCAUAUUUACAAGUUCAGGAAGAACGACCCUCUCAGGUCCCCCAACCUCUCUUCGGAUUACGCCGCCCUUGAUGGAUGGGACAUAAGUGAGUGCGUCGGUGAUGCUUGCAGUGAGGUGGAGUGCCAACAUGGAGGCAAAUGCGUGUCAUCAACUUCACCACGGUCAGGACAAGAGACAAACAAUUCCGCUCCUUAUUCCACCAUGGCACCACCGUCGUCCUUCUUUGCUCCCCAGUCUACUGCACCCAUUUGCUUGUGCCCGCUCGGCUAUACAGGGGAUUUCUGUGAGAAACAGCUUAACUUGGAGGUACCUUCCUUCAAUGGCUCCUCACACCUUAUGUUCCCCGCACUUGGUGGCUCGGUUCUUUCUUGGCUGGAACUAGAGCUGGUGUUCCGUGCAGCAUCCACGGAAGGUGUCUUGCUCUAUGAAAGUCAUCGUUCGGACGGCACCGGAGACUUCAUCGCUCUGACACUGUCCCAGGCUCACGUCCUCUUCACCAUUGAUCUGGGUUCUGGGAUGCUAACACUUCGGUCUGUGUACCCAAUAAGACCUGGAGUAUGGCACUCGGCCCGAGUGUCACGUACCGGUAGAUGGACUUGGUUGUAUGUUGAUGAUCAGCCUGUCGUCAGCGGUUUGACUCCUGGAGGAUUCACGAUGCUGUCGUUGUCGCACCCUCUUUACCUGGGAGGGAUUCCGCCCACCUCUGCUUCCCAGCCAAUAUUGCCUGCUGCUAAGGCAUUCACAGGUUGCAUACAAAAGUUGGCACUGAAUUCCCGAACAAUCCAUUUAGUGUCUGGUGCUGUUUCUGGAAGCAAUGUAGGCUCGUGUGACCACCCUUGUUCUCAACGGCCUUGCGACAAUGGGGGAGUUUGUGAGCCUCAUGGUCCAUCUUACAGCUGUCGUUGUCCGUUAGGAUUCAAGGAUGACCACUGCAGGAGCCGAGUGGUGACCCAGGUUGCCACACCUAGCUUCAGUGGCAGAUCGUUUCUGAAAUAUGCUGAUCCUGAAAUAAUGAAGAGAGUUUCCGGGGAUAAACUGCAUCUGUGGCUACGAUUCCGUUCUCUGAAAAGAGAUGGCCUGCUGGUGUGGGCCGGCGAAGAAGGGGACGACGGAGAAGCUGCAGAUAUAAUCGGGCCUGCAUUAGGGGACUCCAUUAGUUUAGAGCUCCAAGAUGGCCGACUCGUUCUCCGCUAUAACCUCGGAUCAGGCUUUGCAAAACUAGUUUACAACACCACCAACAGACUGGACGAUGGUCAGUGGCACACAGUGAAAGUUUCUAGGUACGAGCGAGAAGGACGAAUAAGCGUUGAUGGUGAAGAAGAAAGUGUCGUGGUUUCCCCGGGUGACUUGGUACAACUCAAUGUGGACUCAUCUCUUUACAUUGGCGGUCGAGAGACUUUCCGUGGUAACCACAAUGGUUAUGUGGUUCCUGGGCUUACUGGAUGUGUGGCUGACCUGACUCUUGCAACUGACUAUCACGUUGACCUUAUAACCCAAGCCACUGCAGGUCAGAAUAUCGACUACUGCUGACCUGGCCCUGUUUAGCUUAUUCUAGCUACUCGUGUCAUUGCAUGGGAAAACUGACAACAUGAGAAGGCUAAGAAAAGGAAGCAAUGUAUGCUAAACUAAAAAAAAACCAUUAGACAAAGAAAAUAAAAAAGAAAAAAGUUCCUUUCAAAGUCUGAUCAGAAAAUCAGAAUGAUGUCAUAGUACAGGAAUGUCAUCGUGAAUUCAGAGAUUUUUCUUCAAUGUCAUUUACAGUUGUAACACUGAGAGCCAAGUCCUCUUUGUAGUACAUAAAACUGCCUAUUUUAUUACAAUCACCUUUAUAGAGUGCUGUAAACUUUUGAUUGUUUUGAUCAGAUUCUUUUUAUAUUACCAUUAACAAUCAUGUUUACAGUGAUUUCGUAUUUAGUCUGAAAAUUUGACAUGGAAGCUGAUCAGUUAGUGUCCCCUUUAACCCCUCACCUCAUUAGUCCUAAAACCUAGUAAGCUGUAAAUGCAAUGAUCACCCUUCUUUCCUGCCCUCACAUAAAGGCCAUGUUGACUGAUGGCGUUCAUGCUGUCUGAAGAACUAGAACAAGAAGAAGAAACAAGCAGUUUAAAGGAACUUUUAUAUCGACGAGAAGAAUCUCUGAAGCGAUGGUUUCCGUCAGUAUACAGUUUAGUGAGAAGUGCGCAUGUGAAGAGGAAUGUUCGUACCUGUAUGUUCUGCACAUGUCCUUAGAUUUCAUUUCAUUUUUAUAUAUAUCAUAGUGCUAUAAUGUUUUUAAUUAAAUAGACUCAUUAGAUGACUACUGUACAGUACUGUGGUUCAAGUGCUGGAUCACCUGUACAUUUUCAGAAAUUAUAUGAAUGUUUCAAAAAAUACUUUUGAUAUAUAGUUCUUUUAUGGGAAAUAAAUUAUUGUUGUAUAAUUCGUUAUGUUCCACUAUAUGCCAUGUCAUAUCAUUUACCCUAACAACUCUGAAAAUAUGUAGAAACCACAUAUGAAGAUAUAAAAAAAAGAGAGUGGCUUCAUUAGAUAUAGAUGAAUGCCAUAGAGUAAUAAGUAUUAUGUAUUUUGUACUAUGAAGAUUAUGCCACUGAAAUGUGUUAUUUUAUAUUUACCAAUUAUGCUAAUCUAUAAAUCCUCUUUUUAUAAUAAAAAUAUUUGUUAGAUUAGUUUCUUUUGUAAGUAUGUCAGUCAAUACAUAGACGUUUCUAGCGCCUUUUAUGGUGGCUCUAUGAAUAUCUGUGUUUCAUUUGCAUUUGCUCGUUUUUCUGAGUAACUUAAGCAGCAAGAGUCUAGAUAGUGUAGAGCAGCCGGGCAGCUGUUUUACACCUUAUCUUCAUUUUUGUGCUAUAUUAGGAACUCUCUCCUCCAAGCCAAGCAUCUAGGUCAUACUUGAGUUAUUAUUGUCAUUAUCAUGAAGGUUUUGGUUCCCUUAUACUUAGUAACUUCUCAUGCUAUGUAUGAGCUUAAGUAGAUAAUACUACUGUUAUCCAGUGAUCAUUACAAAGUAAGAGAUCUGUGCUGUGCCAUUGCACUGCAAAUGCCAUAGACAGUUAUUACACUAGUAAUCAAAAGAGUUUUAUAACUUGAUAGCAAUAACAAAACAUGUCAAAAUUUUUAAAGUAAGAGGAUCAUUAUGUCAGUAGCGGAACAUUUUAGAGAGUGUAUCUCUCUGGAAAUGAAAUUGCCUCCAGAAGAAUGGGAAAACUGCUUAGCUGGAAGUGUGCGUCGUUAUCUUUGUUACCCGUCUCAGUGUUUGGAUAUCUAAGCCAUGUUCAGUGCAAGGGAUUUCAGAAAAUGCUGGUUAUACUGUAGAUUUACCGAUAGUAUAGAGGUAGAACAGUCUGUAUAAAAGUAUAACUUUUUUUCUAAAUCUAGAUCCAUAUCAGGGUAUGCGACUUAUAUAUAUUGUAUGUGUGUGAAUAUAAAGCGCAUGGAUAUAUGUAUGUGUAUGUACAUACAUACCUGUAAAUCUCCACCUAUUACUGUGGAUAUUCAGCAUAUGUGUAAACAGAUGCCUGUGUAUAUUUAUAAGUUUAUAAUCUUUAUUUUUGCAUAUUGUUUAUUUUUCCAUAUUUGGGUGUACACAUGUGAAAACAGCAAACCUCAGAUUUUCUGUAAAUCAGAUAUUUAACACUUAAAACUUGUUAUUAUCUAAAUUUAUUACUGGAUUUGCACUGAUUUACGUAUCAAUUACUUCAGUAAGAAAUUCGACAUGCAAACACAUGUACACAUACGUACAAAUGUAUAAAUAAAUGUUCGCUGGAUUCAUGUCCAACUCUUAAUAAUGGAGGAUUUUGCAAUAAUUUUCCUUCUGAAAAAGUUGUUCAACUAUGUUGUCAUUAUUAACUGCAAAUUGUCAAAAAGGGUUAAAAAUUAAUUAUUAGUAUAACUACUUGAAUGUUAUCAAUUAUUGUAGGAAAAACCUUGACUUGUGUUUAUGGUUGAAAGGCAGGAAAUGUAUCUUUAACAUAUGUAUACUGUACACGCUGGAUAUGAAUGUAUUGUGAGUCUUUUUGGAACACAUAAUUCAUGACUGAAAUUAAACAAGUGUAAUUGCUGUAAUCUUAACUAUCAAUACAGUACAGUUAGUCAGACUCCAGUAUUCACAGAGAUAGUUCUCCAUUUUUUGCAAACAAAGAAUGACAAGCUGGUCUAUGCCUAGCAUAUGUCCCAGAUCCUCAUAAAUUACAGAAAAUGUAAUAAUGAGUUACAGUUGGGCUGAUGGCUUUUAUUUUGAUUGUGAUUUUCGUUCUCGAGCUCUUGGUCACAGAAGCCCAUCCAUAUUUCUUUAUACGCUACGACUAAACACAUUUUGAGGUUAAGCUUCUUACCUUGUCUAAAUCUUUAAAAAAAAACAACUUGGAGCUUGUGUCCCAAAUAGGCAUGAACCUAUGAAUAGUAAGGCCAUUUUUUAUUUCUGUAUUUAUAUACACACACGCACAGUAUAGAAUACAAUGCCAUGUUCGUAAGUGAAUUUUAUAAACAUGCUAGAAAUUUGGAUAGGUAGCUUUCCCACGUGAUUUGUUGAACAAAUAGUACAAGCAAUUAUUAUUUAAUCAUAUGUUUAUCUUAAUGGGAUCUGAUUUUGGCUUAAAUGUUUGGUUGGAGGAGUGCAAGAUUGUUUUUUUGCAAAUAUAUAUAUAGAUAUGAUUUAUUGUUAGUUUUAAGGGAAGAAUUUGCCUUUUAUUUGAUAAAGAAGUGUGCACUUUAUAUUAUAAUGUGAUUGAAUAUGCUGUUACUCACAAGUGAUGCAGUCUUUUUUCAUAUAUAUAUAUAUAUCACUUCAUAUUGAAAAGGCUUUGCACACUCGUUUUUUAUGUACCUGUGCAACUCUGUCUACUCUUGAGUUUCAUCAUAGCUUAGAGGAAGCUGUUGCAUGGGCAAUUGGCAUCACGGAAAUAGGAUCCUAUAGAUGUAUUCUACAUAUCAUUUUGUAUGUAAUAAUUAUAAUAAUAAUAUUACUAAUAAUAGUAAGUUAAUCAAGAAGAUAGUGCCUACAUAUUUGUGUUACUUAAGUCAUUCUCGGAAUGAACGUUCUUAGUAUCAUCUAGUCAGUGUAUGUUGAUGUAAACCAGUUAAUAAGAGCUUACACACCUACUUGACAUACACAUACACACACAUAUAUACAAAUGAAUAAGAGAGGGUGGGAUGGAAGUCAGUCAGGUUUUGUGUGAGUAAUCAUUAUUCCAAUAUACAUGGAGCAAAUGGAAAACCAAAUGUAAAUAGAGAACUGGUUUUCUUUGUUUCAAUGAGUGAAAGAUAUAAAGUGUAAUUGCAUGUAGUACAUGCAAUUAAAUUUCAUUUUUUUAACUUCACCAUAUAUGAUAUAUGUAUCAAUUAUAUCUACAUAUCCUCAAUCCCACUGUUGAUCACUGUUUUGUCUUUGUUUUUUUGUUGUUGUUUUUUAUGAAUUUCAGUAUUGUAAUGCAUCUUAAGGAAUUAUGUAGUAUAUAUACUUUCCUUAGGAUGGUCAAGCCAUCUCUUAGAAAUGACGAUUUUUUUUUCAAAACUUAUUUCAAUAUUUUACUUACAAACUGAAUAAUGUUUUGACUGAUAUUACUGUAAAUGUUUUGCAAUCAUCCUUCCAACUGAAUCACAUGGUAAUUCCUCCUUUAUCUGUUAAGGGGGAACAUGAAAAGUGAUGAAGGUAUGAAUAUUUCCCAGAUUAAUAUGUAAACUUUGCUUUUGUAAAUAGAUGUUGGUCUACCUCUUAGGGCAAUUAUUCAAUGAAUAACAAUUAGCUUAUAUUUUAUUCUUAUGAGAUUACUGAAUUAAAAUUAUUCUUCAGAAGGUUCAACGGGAAAAAUGGGAGGGCUUAUCUUAAGAGUUUAAUUCUGGGGAGCUUUCCUUCUAUUAUGACAUAUUUUCAUUUGGUAUUUGCCCAUGACAAUUAUGCCCCCAUACUGUACUCACUUUUGUUUAUUUUUGUGUGAGUGGAUCUAAAUUUUCAGGAUAGUGCUUCAUAUUCUUUUGGUAUUGUAAGCCAUAAGUUCAAGGCCGUGCCAUCAUACCCUCUCUUACCAAGAACGUCAUGCUGAGAGCAUCACACAGCGGACAGUAGAAAAGAUGUUACUAGGUUGAAAAAGCAUCAAAAGUAGUUAUGGUACAUCUGUGAAUUAUCAAAUAUGUCAUCAUCCUGAAUAAUGUUAUGGCUGCCUUUUAAAUAUCUGGUAAUAACCAAGGCCUGUUCAGCCUAAAAUUUGUUUCUGAGUUUGUGCUGUUGCAGUGAUGGAACUUUCUCAGUAACUGACAUAUAUCAUGAUUCAUUCAGAGCAUUAUGCUGUACCCACAAAAAUUAGCCAGGAGUAACCUUACUGAAGUCUUCAUUUAUUUUUGGCAGCACAUAUCACAGCUUGUAGUAGGCAUGUGAGCCUCGUGAGUAGCAAAACAAUCAGGGUGAUUCAGGGAAUAAUAAUUUAUUGUGGAGUGACCAUAAUGCUAGGCAACUGAGGAAUAUUCUGUUGCCGUUUCAGGACUCUUGUUAAAUACGCUUAUGUUGUAGACAAAUGUCAGAUUUCUGCCUUUUUUUAUUUUUGGUUUUCCUAAUGAUUUAUGCAGUUUGUAAGCAUUUUAUUUUAAUAUGAUCAGCUUGACGGAUUUUUCAUUCUGCACACACACACACACACACACACACACACACACACACACACACACACACACACACACACACACACACAGAUAAUGCUGCUUUUAUUUAAGAUUAAUUUUGGACGUAUUUUCAUUUAUGACUAUGAAAGAUUAGCAUUAUAAGUAUAGAAAGGGUAUUAAACAAAUCCAUGAUUUCUUCAAAAUAAAUUGCAUCUAAAUCACACAAAAUAAAUACAUACUACUGUAUUUGACAAUUAAAAAUCAACCAUUUUUCAGUAUCAUAUGAGAUUUUAUAAUUUUGCAGUUGUAUGUGCGUUGCGUACAGUCUUUCUUCCUAAAUGGGUGAAUAGUUUUUUUUUUCAGAUAAUUCCAAAGACUUGACAUAAUACUGUGCUGUACUCUGUAUUUAAUAAAAGUGUUAAGAAUCAUGCAUAUUUAGAAACAAAUAUGUAUAGCAUCCAGAUGAACAAAUCGAAAAAAUUUCUUUAAAAUCAUUGCAUUGGUUAGGUGCUUGAAAGGAUUUUAGAAGACCACCAUAGCUACUCAAGAUGUGAAGGUUCUAGCACACACUGGUGUACCCUAAGUAGGAGGCAGAAGAAUGUCAACACAGCUCAUGUACAGCAAUUAAAGAAUAAAUCUUGUGCCAUUUUA